CCCGCGGCUCCGGUGUCACCCGGGUGUCACCCGGAUGUCACCGCAGGGCAGGGCUUGGGCUGACCCCGCGGCUCCGGUGUCACCUGCGUGUCACCCGGGUGUCCCCUCAGGGCCGGGCGUGGGGCAGGGCUUGGGUUGAGCCGCCGCCUGCCCACGGCUCCGGUGUCAGCCGGGUGUUCCCUCAGGGCUGGGCUUGGGCUGAGCCCGCGGCUCCGGUGUCAGCCGAGUGUCCCGCCAGGAGCGGGCUGCGGCGAAGUGGGGUCAGGCCCCGGUGACAGCGGCUGAUCAGGAUGCUGAUCUGCCGUGCAAAUGAAGGCUCCUGUUGCUAUGACGAUUGAUUUCAGAGGUCGCCGUGGAGAAACAGGGGCGUAAAGAGCUCAAAAAGCAGGAACUGCAUGGGGUUCAGCUGGUGGUGUUGGCUGUGGAGCUGAAGGCUGCUCGUGGUGCCCACAGGCCCGAGUGGGUCACUCCUCAUGCAAGGCCGACUUCAAAAAAAGUAAUGAAACUCCACAUUACAGAUAUCCGAAAAUGGCUGCUCAGAAUGCAUGCUUUUCAUGCACUGAAGUUAAUUUUAUGCAAGCAGAGUACAUGAUAGACAUUUUGAGAGAGAAGGCUGUGUUCAGAUUAGAGUUUUGGCCAGUAUAGCUUCUAUAUUAGAAAAAAGGAUGGCAUUUGGAGAAAUAUAUUCAAUAUUUCAGUAGAAGAUCUUCUUGCUGUAUCGGGACAAAUUCAUAAACAAGGAAAAUGACGUGAAAGAAAACAGGCAAAAAUUCCAAAUGAGGAAGCAAUCUAAUUUGUUCGUGUUGCUUCUUUGGAGAUAUAUUCUAGUAAAGGAGAUGUAUGUUACUUAAUGAAACUGCAUUUAAUAAGAGGCCUCAGAUUAACAUCUGAAAGCCUAAUUGUCAUUUUUCCAGUGCAGUAUAAUAUUGUCUACUUCUUUAUCACUCUCAUAGAUAAAAGAACAAUUAAUACUUGAAUUGGUUUGAUUUCAGAGAAAUUCCGGCUUUAUCAGUGGCAUUACAUUUAUCCUUUGCACAGCUCUUUCUGUUAGAAUACAAUUACCACACUAUGAGGGCCCUUGUGAAUAAAAUAAGAGCAACAUUGUGAUCGACUUACAUUCAUUCUCCCUAUCUUGUUUUAUCUUGUUAUCUAUAUCAUGUUUUCUUGUUUGAAAAAAGAAUACUAUAGCAGUGGUCGUGUUUUGUCCUGAAAAAAUAUGGAAGUGAGGGUGUAGGAGAUCCUUAACUGAAAAAGCUAUGUCUCUUACUUGGUUUUUUCCAGUUCAGGACCCCUGUUUCUAUGGACUUCUUGUUUAUGACAUUUUUUUCCUUCUGAGAAUGUAAUCACUCUUAAGUAAGAAAAAUGGUGUUAUGAAAACCCUCUGAAGGUCCAUGAAAAUACAGUGGUGAAAAUUGCAUCUAAAGAUACUUUAGUUCUGUCCUUCAUUAUAGCUCUAUCUUGAAAUAAUUCAAAUACAUAAGCAAAUAGUAGAUACUUUAAAUAACAUUUCUAAAAAUUGAACUGCACUUGGAUUUUUAAAAUACUUCCUAGUUCGUCCCUGAACCCUGAUGAUAUUUAUCCUAGAACUGGACUUGAUGUACUUGUACAGUUUUCUUGGACAGCUGUUCUUUGAUGGUUCCUACAGAGCCGAGGAUUCUUCAGCAUAACUUCUUUCUUUCUCUUUUUUUUCCACUUCUGUGUCUAAUGUUCAGGACUUGUCUACACAAGAUACCAGGGAAAAUUGAUGCAAAACAACUAAAUGCAGGAAUUUAAAGAGGGCAUCUCAAGUGCCGCCAAGUCCCUGUGUGCACUAUCCCAUUCAUAAUUAAAGUGGUCUCCAGUGAAUUCAGUUUAACUCACUUUGAAGGCAAGAUGAGCCAAACCAAAUUAAGGCCAGCAUUUUAUUCACAAAUGAAAGUGUUUGCAAAAGAAUUUAAUGGAUAUAGACAAAUCCAAUUAAAUUAGUUGGGUUAAUUUUCCUGAGUUCCAUUGUGUAGAUAAUACCUUAGCAAUAAUGUCUGAUUUGAGCUUUUACUUCUCGUCUUUUUUGUUCUUCUUCUUUUGUUCCAAAACUCUGAUAUUUUAGACUUGAGAAGGUAGAUAGCCCUCACCAAAUGCUGUCUUGUAAUUUUACUGUGUUUUGAGAGUCCACAUUUUAACAUAUAAAUGCCCCACUUUGCCAUCAGGUCUGGUUCACAGUAACCUUUUCUUUAGGUAAUUACCAUCAAUUUGGCUUCUUCAACUAAUGCCUUUUAAUCCAGUUAGCAGAAAAAUCUCCAUCUCCACUUUCUUAAGUAGCCUGCAUUAACUACCACUUCCCUUAAAGCUGCUGUUCUCCCAAACAAAUCUUCUCUACUGAAUUUAAUUGUUUAAUUAUAGAUUUCUGCUUAAUAGUUUAACCUAAUAAAGGGUGGUUUAAUUUCAUAAUACUGUUAAGAUUGUAGAAUUAUGGCAUUUCCCAUCAAUUGCAGCCUGUCAGAAAGAAUUACUUUCAAAUUCUCAAACUGUGCACAAAGAGUGUCUUUCUGCCUCUCCAGCCAGUCAAGCAGCAGGAACAUUGCACCUGGGAGUUGGCUGUACCUUUGUGCAUUGCCAGAGCAGCUGAGAGCCAGCAGCAAUGUUCAACAGGCCCUGAGCCCCAUCACACUGCAGGAACAUAAAAAUAGCUGGGGGCAACUGGUUUAAUGCAAUUGCUGGGUGUCUCUCCAUUGGUUUCCCAGAGAACCAAGACUGUACCUCUUAUUGAUCAUGCUUGUUUCAUCCUUUGAAAAUUAGGAAAGUGAAAGAUCUUAGUUGCAGCUUAGUCAUUCUGUCUUUCUGAGGUUUUGUCCAGUGGGUGCUGUUUUCUCUCUGUUCCUCACUUUGGUUUUGUCAUCUGGGUCUGUUCUGGAUGCAUGGGAUGGGGUUUGUUUUAACAUGCUUGAUUUUGCUUCAUUAGUUAGCCCUUUGCAUCUCUUUAAGCUUCUUUAGAGAAAAAACCCUUCAUAUAAUUUAACUGGGUGAAGCUGUUUGCUUUUGAAGAAGUUAAAUUUAGAUUCAGGUGAAGACUGCUCACUUCCAAGUAUGGCUCAGCUUUGAGAGAGAGGUACUUGAAGGAGAAGAAAAGAUCAAAUAUAACUGAGAUUGUACUAAAUUGAUUUCAAGUCCUGUUAACUCAUCUUAACAUUUCAAGUUAAUCAGUAUCUCCUCUUUAAAUACUUUUAAAAUUAUUUUUCUUAUAAUAUAAAACAAAUUAUCCAAUUUCACUGCCUCUUGUAUUUGUGCUGUAUAAAUAAGAAAUGUUUUAGGUAAGAAGUUUGGCCAGAAAGUGAGUGAAAACCUGUGUUUUGAUGACCAAGAUGUGUCAAUAUCCAUUCAGUUCCAAUUGACAUUUGUGUGUUGUGUGUGACACAUUAGAAAUGAAAACUGUAGGUGUCUGUGUGUGUGUCUGUAGUGUCAUCCAUGGGAGGAGUGGUAUGAAGUCAAUGAUUGUGGAAGAUCUGCUCCAUGUGUGUAUUUGAAAUGUAAGUUGUGUUAAUGCGUUGACAAGCCAAUGAGAGCAAAGGUGGUUACUGAUGUUUCCUUGGGGUGAGGAGAGACCAAAUCCAUCUGGGGACAAGUGGGUCUGAGAGCCACCUGCCUUCUGAGUCACUGCCUCUGUGGUGGCCUACAGCUGGCCUGUAGGCCUCAAAGUAUAAAUUAUUAUAAAAUUAUAACAGAAAUAAGUAAUCAGUUGCAUAAUUACCUUACUUACAUAAUUCGACCAGUAAGAGCAGGCCCAGGCCGUUGGAGACUCAGGCUUCUAUUGGCUGGCUGAGCGGGAAGUAACUGGCUCAGCCAAUAAGGAUUAAGCUCAUGGGCUCCUGAGGUACAUAAGGGAGCAAGAUCUGAAUAAAGGGGACUGUUGCUGCAUGAACUCAGUGUGUCUUGUCACUGGUCUGUCUCUGAAACUGUGACAAUUGGUGGAUCCUGACGUGAUCGCAACAGCUGCUGCCAAUAGCGCGGGGAGACAGACGGGGCAACCAGGAGGAGCUGCCCGCAGUCUUUGAGCUGCGAAAGCAUUGUUCACAGCACCAUGGGGCAACCAGGAGGAGUUGCCUGCAGCCUUUGAGCUGCGAAGAACGGCAUAUAGAGCCACGAUUGGGCCGGACCCCCUUUAUUUUUUCUUUCAUUUUUUUCUUUUUUCUUUUUGUAACUGGAAGACCCUGCCAGCAUGGGAGCAUGGGCUUCAACACUGGAGGGCCCCUUCCUGAAGGUAUGGACUCCCAUUUUAAAGAAAAGAUUUGAAAAAUAUGAGGCACAGGUUUCAUUAGCCCUCAUAACAUGGUGCGAGAGCCACGUACUAGAUGUAUCAGAAGGGGCUGCCCUAGAUUUAAAAACUUGGGAGAGGGCUGGCCGACGUAUCCUUACAGCUGCCUCCACAGGAGAUGGCUCUGCCAUUUAUGUUAUUAAACCAUUGAGACUCAUAAUGAACAUCAUAAAAAUGUUGCAGAGUGAGCGGGUGGUGAGAACAGCAGAGGGAUUACACCUGGUGCCGUCUGCCAAGGUGAAUGGCGAAAGCAGGGCACCGAGGGAAGGUGGCAGGGCGGGCAGAUGCGGUGCUGGGUGCAAGAAGGAAAAGGAAGGGUGCAGAAAGUACAACAUGCUGGGAGGUCAUGGGGCCUCCCCAAGCGAGGGUGACCUACCCGGGGAGUGCCCUGACACCCUCUGGGACCAGGAUCUGUCAGUGGAUCGCCCCAUCCCUGAGGCCGUCAUCGAAACCACCCCAAGCGGCCAUGCUGUGUUAAAUGGGCACUCUACCGCCCCUCCGUGCCCUGCUGCAGCUGCUGAGAACUCUGAAACAACUGGCCACAUUCCCGCUCCAUGCGCCAAUGCCCCUAGUUCUGCCGUGCUGGCAGAAACUUCUGUAACCACCCAAGAGCAGUGCGCGUUGUCAGCAGAGCACGCUGCCGUCGAUUCAGAGGGCAAAGAGAUGCUGUGCUGCAGAGCCACAUUAACCAGGUGCUCUGCUGCUCCGCCGUGCCCUGCUGACCCGGCUGAGACCCCAGAAGCGGCGCUUGGUAGUGACAGGAAGGUGCAUCGCUGCUGUAGCCACUGCAAGGCACCCAACCGCCACUGCUGUGAGAUACCUUGCACCUGUGGGAUGGUGCAUGGCCGUAAAGCAGGGGUUGCUAUACUCCUCCACCGUGCCCUGCCGCCCUGGCUGAGAUAACAAAAGCAGCGCCCGGCACCUGCGAGAUUCCAGCUCCUGUAUCUGUCUCUGUCUGCAGCAAAGCUACCUCUCCAUGCUUUGCCGUGCCUGAAAACAGCCCUACAUCCGUACCUGGCUGCAGUGAGACAGGACCCUGCCCCUGUUGGGGGGCACCUGGUUGCAGAACUAUUCCUGGCUGCUGUAGAGUUGCCCAAGCCUGCUGCCGGGUGCGCAACUGCCACCAAGCCCUGCCUGUGGCUGAGCCAAGCUCUGUGGCUGUCACAAGCAGGUAUUCUGAGACAGCGCUUAGUUGUGCUGAUCGCUCGAUUCCUAUGGCAAUGGAGAACUUCACAGUUCCAACAGCACCUGAAAGACCUCAAGCACACCAGAACCACUUCCUCUCAGACCUGAAUCCCAUCUGGAUGUCAUGCCUGGAAGCAGCAGAGAGUCCAGGAAUCCUCAGAUUGCUGCUGCCGCUGCCAAGAGUUCACCAGCACUAGAGCUGGCCCUUGAAUGUAUACCAGCAAGGGACACCAGCAAAGGGACCCAGAACUGCCAUCCCUCUGCAGGACACCAUGAUAACACCGCUCUUGCCUUACUGCCAAAAAGCUUGUUCGAUCCAGUGUCUGUUUGGCAGAAGGUAAAACAAGCAACUGUUGCAGAUAGGGACUUCAAAGUGGCAGAACUCAUUGAUCUGCCUAUGUCUGGGGGCUGGGAGCCAGAGGACGGGACAUAAGCAGUUUUCCCCGUGGUAAGAGGCAGUAGAACUGCUCUAGAUAAGUACACCUCUUUCCAGUGGCCAGUUCUUUCCGAGCUGUGCCAGCUUGUUACCAAACACGGUUUAGAUUCGCCUGCUGUUGCUAAUAUGGUACAUUUCUUAAUAACAGAGGAGGUAACUCCAUUUGAUAUAAAGUAGCUUGCUAAAUUAAUGUUUUCAACAGUCCAAAAUACAAUAUAUGGUGUUUGAAUCUGCAUGGAAAAGCAGUGCAGAAAAACAACAAUUAAAAAAUCUAGAUUUCCCAAAUGAAGAUCCACGUUAUGAGGCAGGGGUCUAUCAAGUCCUGGGACUGCCACCAGUGGGUGAUCCACGACUCCAGGCUAGGCUGCACCCACUGGUGCUAGCACAGGUCAAAGCAUUAGGUACACAAGCUUUAUUUAAGGUAGCAAAUAUGGCAAAUCCGACCAAACAUAUUCAAAGAUUAAACAGGGAGUUAAUGAACCAUAUCUGCAAUUUAUUGAGAGAUUGCAAGAUGUAAUGCAGAAACAAAUUGUUAAUGUAGAAAUCCGAAAUCACCUAAUUUUACAGUUAGCAAAAGAUAACGUAAAUGAAGACUGCAGAAAAAUUGUAGAACUAUUACCCGAAAAAAAUCCAUCCUUAAAUGAAAUAAUAAAUGCCUGUGCUAAAGUAGGUUCUCAUUCCCACAAUAUGACCUUACUAGGCAACUCAAUAGUGGCUGCUGUAACAGUGUCACCUCAGUAUUGUAAAUAUAAACAGGAAGGCGAUAUGAAAGCAAAUUGCUCCUGUAAAUCCAUUUUAACAGGGACAAUUCCUGGACACAGGAAUAUAAACCUAAAUUGCAACCGGUGUGGAAAACAUGGUCAUGUGGCUAAACAAUGCAGAUCAAAAUUUCAUGCUAACGGACAUUCUCUCAAGGACCAGGGAAACAAAAGACUCAGCGCAAGGAAGGGACGUGUGAAGACAAAAGCAUUUUCUUACCUUCCUGUGCAGGCUUAUGUGACCAGCACACAGGAAGGACUCGAAGAGCAGCUGGAAUGAAUGUAUUCACAUCCAACACACUAACUAUGUGCAACCCAAAGGUGCAUAAGAUUCCUCUUGAAGCUCGAGGACCUAUCAGAAAAGGAUUAAGUGCACUAUUGAUUGGAAGGUCUAGUGCUACAAUGCAAGGUAUCUUUGUGUACCCUGGUGUUAUUGACUCAGACUUUACUGGACAAAUAUAUGCUAUGGUUUCUACCCCCACUCCACCUGUGACUACCCCUGAGAAAACUAGAAUUGCCCAGCUUAUCCUGUUUAAGUCUUGCGUCCCACAUACAGACCCCAAGGUGCGAGGAGACCAGGGUUUCGGAUCAACAGGAAAACCCCAGGUAUUUUGGACCCAGGUUGUAAGUGAGCAGAGGCCCAACAUGGAAUGUAUCAUCACAAUGCCACGGGCAAGGCCCUCCCAGAUAAAAACCAGUGGGCUGAUUGAUAUGGGAGCAGAUGUCACUGUCAUCUCUACCCAUAAUUGGCCUUCAUCAUGGCCCACUGAGCCUGCAAAAUCCAUUGUUGCUGGCCUCGGAGGGAUCACACAGAGGUGUUUGAGCAGUAAACCUGUUUUAGUAAAAAAUCCCAAGGGUCAAACAGCUACCACUAGACCUUACAUCACGGCAGCACCACUUAACCUUUGGGGAAGGGAUUUUUUUCUGCUUGGGGGAGUCCAGAUAAGGAUGGAUUUUUAAAAGGGGCCACUGUCCUAAAGGGCGUGAACCAUCCCACACUACCCUUAAAAUGGCUUACCACUCAGCCUGUGUGGGUGCCACAGUGGCCCCUCGAGAAACAGAAGCUACACACCCUCAAAUCUUUGCUGCAGGAGCAACUAUCUCAAGGACACACAGAGCCAUCCAUAAGCCCUUGGAACAGCCCUGUGUUUGUUAUAAAAAAGAAAUCUGGAAAAUGGAGGCUGCUCCAUGAUUUAAGAGAAAUCAAUGCAGUGAUGGAGAGCAUGGUAGCCUUACAGGUAUGCCAUCCCCCACAAUGAUUCCUGACAAUUGAGAUAUCUUUAUUGCAGAUCUCAAAGAUUGCUUCUUUACCAUUCCACUGUAUCCAAAUGAUACCGCAAAGUUUGCUUUCACCGUGCCUUCCAUUAAUAAUGCUGCACCAGUGGAGCAUUAUCAAUGGACAGUACUUCCCCAAGGAAUGAAAAAUCCCCCUACAAUUUGCCAAUGGUAUGUAACACAGGCUCUUUUAUCAGUAAGGAAAAUAUUCCCAGGGACAUACUGUUACCACUAUAUGGAUGAUAUUUUAAUAGCAACCCCAACUAAAGAAGAUCUUUCACUAAAUCAGCCAAGCCUGAUGCAAGCAUUAAAAGCAUUUGGAUUGCAAGUAGCACCAGAAAAGGUACAGCAGCAACCGCAUUGGACGUACCUUGGACUUAAAAUCAUGAAUGAGACCAUACAGCCCCAGGCAAUUCAAUUUUCAACAAAAAUAAAAGAUUUAAAUGAUGUUUAAGACCUUUUGGGUAUCAUAAACUGGAUCAGACCUUAUCUUGGAUUGACCACUCAGCAAUUAGUACCCUUGUUCAACCUUCUAAAAGGUGAUCCUAAUUUAACUUCUCCCAGGACACUGACCACAGAGGCAAAAGCUGCUCUUGAGGUAAUAGAUAGAGCAGGCUCUAACAAACAGACAGGUCCACCGAGUGUGCCCAGAAAUGUGUAUUACUGUGUUUAUUUUCAAUGCCAAUUUACAUCCUACUGCUAUCAUUGGACAAUGGGAUACCCAGUGGUCUGGUCUUUUGCAUGUUUUAGAGUGGAUGUUCUUGCCCCAUCAACCAAAAAAGACAGCCCCUACCAUCUAUGAAUUAAUUGCCCAAUUAAUUAUUAAAUGCUGCCAAAAAGGUUUGCAAUUGAAUGCAAAAUAUCCAUUUAAAAUCAUUUUACCUGUAAAGCAAGAGGAAUUUGAAUGGUGGUAUGCCAACAGCACAUCUUUACAAAGUGCUUUACAAAAUUUCAAGGGGCAAAUUGGCUACCAUUUACCCAGUCAUAUAUUGCUGCAAAUGAGUAAGACUACUGAUUUAUCCCUAAACCCCUUGAACAGUCAAACACCUUCAAAUGGAAUUACUGUAUUCACUGAUGGAUCUGGAAAAACAGGAAAGGCCAUUGUAACAUGGAAGGAAGGAGAUGAUUGGCAAAUAUUGGAAGGACAAGAGAAUGGGUCACCUCAGUUAGUAGAACUACGUGCUGUAACCAUGGCUUUUCAGCGUUUUCCCUACACUCCUUUAAAUAUAGUUACUGACUCUGCAUAUGUUGCCGAUAUAACAUAAAAAAUGGACCAAGUUCUAUUAAAGGAAGUUAACAACGCACAAUUAUUUGGCUUGCUAAAACCCUUGUGGCACAUUAUUCAAGCCAGACCUUGCCCUUAUCAUAUCCUGCAUAUUAGAAGUCAUACAAAUCUCCCAGGUUUUAUUUCAGAGGGCAAUGCAUGAGCAGACCACCUGACUGGCCCUGUCUGGACAGCAUCACAGCCAGAGAUGCUAGCUCAGGCAAAGGCAUCACAUGCUUUCUUCCACCAAGGCAUUCGAGCCCUACGCAGACAAUUUCUGCUUUCCAGCACAGAACCUUGUAACAUAGUAAACACAUGUGCUGAUUGCCAAGGUCACACUACUCCAUUACAGAUGGGGGUUAAUCCCCAAGGAUUAAAAACACUAUAAAUAUGGCAAACUGAUGUCACACAUAUUCAAGAAUUUGGAAAAUUAAAUAUGUGCACGUAUCAAUUGAUACUUUUUCUUCUGCCAUAUGAACAGCCGUACAUUCAGGAGAGAAAGGUCGGGAUGCCAUUGCACAUUGGCGAUUAGCCUUUGCUGCUUUGGGUAUCCCUCAUAACAUAAAAAAAGAUAAUGGACCAUCACAAAAAACUAAACCAGUUUUACAGCUCUGGGGGGUGGCCCACCAAACUGGUAUUCCCCAACAAGCAACUGGACAGGCCAUUGUAGAAAGGGCACAUGGCACUUUAAAACAUGUGUUAGAAAAACAGAAAGGGGGAAUGUGUGGUGAAACCUCACAAAGCAAAGUGGCCAAGGCUGUUUACAUAUUAAAUAAUUUAACAGUACCAGAGCAAUCUCAAAAUCCAGUAAUUUUAAAUCAUUUGCUAUCAUUGCAAUCGUCUGGUGAUGUCCAUUCACCCAAACCUAAGGUAAUGAUAAAGGACAUUAUGACAAACGAGUGGGAAGGUCCAUGGGACCUCAUUACAUGGGGACGUGGAUAUGUGUGUGUUUCUACAGACACCAGAACACAGUGGAUACCUGGCAGGUGUGUUCAUCCUGCUCUACGUUGUUCUUAGGACCAGAAACAAUAUUCUCAUGAUAAUCUUCCAUCAGAUGUGGAGGAGCAGUGAUUUAAACAACUUGCACAUGCGCCACACAGGGGACUGGAAUUUCUUGAAAUGACAAAUCUAUUUAAGAAUUCUAUCCAUUCAGGAACAUCAAGGUUUGGUAUGCAUUUUUGGAUAUAAGGACUUGCUUUGGAGAUUUUGAGACAGAUUGUUUUUCUUGUUGGUUUUUCCCACAGUUCCGAGAAUUUAAAUGUUUCCUGUUUUUAGAUUAAGCUGUUUCUUGUUUUAGAGUUAAGUUGUAAAUUUGUAACUGUUGAGCUGUUUCCUGUUGUUAUAGUUAAGUUGUAAGUUUGUAACUCCUAAGCCAUAAGCCGGCAGCAUGCCAUAUUGAUAACUUGUAUUGCUAGUGGUCCCACCUGACAGCUCCCUACAUACAUCACCAACUAAAAAGAGGCCUGAGCCUAUUAAAUUGAGUUGAAGGCCUCAUUCAAGGCCUAGCUCGAAGUUUUUACACAAAGCCAGUCUGUCAUCUCGACUGCAAGGGCCCUACAGAGGACGACAGAUGCUGCUUUUGUAUUUAAAAACCAAAAAGCGGGAGCUGUGGUGGCCUACAGCUGGCCUGUAGGCCUCAAAGUAUAAAUUAUUAUAAAAUUAUAACAGAAAUAAGUAAUCAGUUGCAUAAUUACCUUACUUACAUAAUUCGACCAGUAAGAGCAGGCCCAGGCCGUUGGAGACUCAGGCUUCUAUUGGCUGGCUGAGCAGGAAGUAACUGGCUCAGCCAAUAAGGAUUAAGCUCAUGGGCUCCUGAGGUACAUAAGGGAGCAAGAUCUGAAUAAAGGGGACUGUUGCUGCAUGAACUCAGUGUGUCUUGUCACUGGUCUGUCUCUGAAACUGUGACAUGCCUCCUUUAGAAUUUAUAAUUUAUUUUCUUAUUUGCUUACUUUUUACACUUCCAUCUCUGUGGAUUUUCACAGCUGAUAGUUGUUUUCUGGCAAAGAUAAUAUUUUAAGACCUUUUCUGUUGGGUUUUGUUCUUGUUGUUUUGUUUGGUUUUUUAAAUCUAAAUUUUAGAGGGCUGAGCAAAUAACUUGCAUAGGGAAGAAACCAGUGUUAGUUCAAAUGCAAGCAGAGAGGAUCCUGCCAACUCUGCUCUCUGCUUCCAGACUGUAGAUUCUAUGUGAUAAUUUUGAGGUGAUGGUGACAUUAUAAAUGCAGAGACUGGUGUUAUUCUUUGCUCUGAGAAGGAUGUCUUUUUUUACUGUUGAAAAUACUGAAGUAAUGCUGAUUCUGAGACAACUCAUGAAUUGGCUUCUCCAAGCUGACAUAUACUUCAGCUCCCCGAACUUAUGAGCACUCCAGCCCCCACAGAGUGACUGUACUUGAGGGCCCAGCUGGUGCAUUUUAAAUUAACACUCAUUAUACUACUGAGUCACUUCUGGUGGUGGUCUGAAAUGCCCUAAUGCUUUGUAUCAUCUCUGGCAGGUUCCUUUAGUUUGAUCCAUAUGUUUCUAUCCUGCUGGCUAAGAUUAAUUUCAUUCUUUCUUGUAGUCACUAAAGAAAUUAGUUGUGUUCAGUUUCUGGUGAUCUUUUUGUACAGAUUAGUGCUGUUGAGUACAGUGCAUCUAUGUAUGAGUGUUUGUUAAAAAUAAAAGUAGCAUUUUUGUCCUGCGUUUGCAUUGAAACAGAUGAAGUUGAGACAGAGCUUAGAUGUCAAAUUUGGCCAUAAUCCAUUGAGGUAGUUCUCUUUCCAAAAUAUCUGCAUUCCUUUUUAACUAGUCUCCUCAAUACUUCCAGCUUUCCUUCUGUUACUACACUUUCAUAAGGAUUACCUUUUAGAAUUGUUUUCCUUGCACAGAGGUGAUCCACCACAGUUUGUGGUCCUUCACUGGACUCACUCCAAUAUGUCCAUGUCAUUCUUGUGUUUCAUAAUACUCCCAAUGAGUCUCGCCAGGACUGAAUAGAGAGGAAAAGAUCACCUCCCCUGCUAUCCUCAUGUGGCCCAAACAUAAUGAUAGACUUCUAUAGAUAGUAUAAAAGAUGUGAAACAUGUGGUGGUACUGUGUAGAGGCCAAAAGAAUGUGAAGUGGGUAGAAUUAGCAGCAGUGUAAUCUACCUUUGUCCUGGAAAACAUGAAGCACAGGUCUGGUGAGGAGCUGUGAGGGAGCUCGAGUUUAGCCUGGAGAAAAAGGGGCUGAGGAGAACCUUAUUGCUCUGGCCUGAAAGAAAGCUGUGGAGAGACAGGUGUCACUCUCUUCUCCCAGGCAACAGUGACAGGAUAAGAGCAUAUGGGUUUAAGGAGUGCCGGGGGAGGUUCUGGUUGGACAUCAAGAGGAAUUUCUUGAUGAAAGAUGGAAAGGGCUGCUCGGGGAGAUGGUGGAGUCACAGUCCCUGGAGAUGUUUAAGGAAAGACUGGACAUGGUGCUUACUGUCAUGGUCUAGUUGAUAAAAUGGUGUCAGGUCGUUGGUUAGAUUUGAUCAUCUCAGAAGUCUUUUCAAGCCUCAUUGAUUCUGUGAUCUUAAAAAUAUUUUCCAACUGUAACAAUUCUAUGAUUCUGUGAUUUUAUAUCCCACACACUUUUAGUUUGUUGGACUAAGUUGUAUUUAGUGGCCAGUCCCCAUGGAUGAGGUUGAGAAGGACCCCACCCUCCCGAGAUGGUGUUUGCAUUGUAGCAGGCAUAUGUACUUACAGAAAAAGGCAGUGUCUAAGAAAGCAAAGGCAUUCCAUUUCUCAGGCUAAGUAUAACCAGGUAGGUACACAUGAAGUAGGAAAGGACUGUUUCAUGUGGGGGACAGUGAAAUUAAUUGGAUUCCAAU